GCAGGGAGUAUUCAUCAGAUUGAGAGAGGAGCGAAUGAGAAAAACCUACAAAACUAGACUGUAUUAAAACAAUGAAACUCUUCAUUAUAGUGAUUCUGUCAGUUAAGAUCUGCCUAACUGACUGCAAUACUAUUAAUGAGGAUCCAGAGACCACAGAGACUACAGUAUAUAAUGAAACAGAAUUGCUUGAACCACCAGUCAAUGAUUCGGAGGUGUCAACACAAACGCUAUAUGUAAGAGGGCCUUGCCCCUAUGGCUUCAUACACAAUCCUAAUCAGAGGACCUGUUAUUCCCUGAACAUCAAUAACCCAGGAUUGACGUGGUUUGAGGCUCUAACUUUCUGCAUGUCAAUGCACGCCAACCUUGUUGCAGUAGAGUCUGAGCAGGAACAGAUAUUCAUUAUAGGCAUGAUUAGGCACUUUGGUCAAGGGCAUACUGAUCUAUGGACUGGUGGUAACACAUUGACUAAACGAGGAGACUGGAUUUGGGCAGGAGGUCUGCAUAGGCCACCAAAGCGCUUCACAUACACAAGAUGGGACCCAGGAGAACCAAGCAAUAGCAACAAUAAUGAAAAGUGUGUCCACUUCAAUAGGGCUAAAUCACAUAGAUGGAAUGAUGCAAGAUGUGACAAUAAAUAUUACUUUAUUUGUGAAAAGGAUGUUUAAAUAGCAAUAAAAUGAGUAAAUUAUUACAGAAACAUACAUGUAGAUACUAUGCACAAACAUUAUAGAAAAUGUUCAAUUCCAUAUAAUGUUGAAGGAUUUAAGUCCAGGACUCAAUAAAUUGAAGAUGAUUUAAA